UUGCUUAGCAUUGUCAACAUCCUGAUGACGUAACCAGUCUCUCCAAAAUGGCGACAGUGGACCAGAGAGAGGCAGGUCAGGGGGACCCAGAGAGUGAAGACGAGCUGUAUGAGGUGGUGGACCUGACAGAAUAUGCCCGGCGGCACCAGUGGUGGUGCAGGGUGUUCGGCAGCAACUCCGGCCCGAUUGCUGAGAAGUAUUCUGUGACCACCCAGAUCGCGAUGGGAGGGGUGACUGGAUGGUGUGCUGGUUACCUCUUCCAGAGAGUCGGGAAGAUAGCUGCCACUGCUGUUGGAGGAGGGUUCCUUCUCUUACAGAUCGCCAAUCACAGUGGCUACGUGCAGGUGGACUGGAAGAAGGUGGAGAAGGAUGUGAACAAAGCGAAGAAGCGCCUGAAGAAGAAAGCGAACAAAGCAGCGCCUGAAAUAAACACUUUCAUUGAGGAGGUAAAGGCCUCAGAUUUUAUAAAAAGGAACAUCGUUUUGUCCAGCGGGUUCGUCGGGGGGUUCUUUCUGGGUUUGGCCUCCUAAAGCUGAACAGCCUCCACUUCCUGUGAAUCAUCUCUACAUAGGUCAAUAUACUCUCCAUUGUUGACCUCAGCUUUAUGUGCAUUGAUUCACCUUUUAACAAACUGAACAGGAGGGGUUAAGUUGAACAUUAAAGCAUGAUCUGUUGUAUUCAUUGUGUUACAUUGUUCUCCUCCCCAUGAAUCAAUCAUAGCUAAUUAUUUCUGGACUGUGAGCACAGUUUGAGGUGCGUUAAGUUGGGAUUGGAGUGGACUAUACUGUGAACACUUUCUUCUUUAAGGAAUAUUUGCCCAACGAUGCUUUUUCAACACUAAUCUGGAUUGCCCUUCCCCUCAUGCAUUCGCCUGGUGGACGCUGAUUUCAUAUUGUUAUAAAUUAGCAUGCAUGGGCGCCACUGUAAAUACAUAACCAAAGGUGAAUAUUAUAUAAACAACAUGGGAAGACAGCAGAGUGGGAAGUUAACACCAUCCCCCAGUCUGGUGCUUUUUUUAUGUCACUGCGAGAUGUAUGUGCCAUAUGGCUGUGGGAGUUUAAAAAAGAAACUCCACUCAGAAAGAGUUAUGAAUAUACAACACAUCUCAUGAGGGGUAAAUCCAAUGUCUGUGAAUGUUCCUACACUGACAAUCUUUUGUUCCCAUAAUCCUCAGCUCCACAAUGCCCCAUAAUGACAGGAUGAGCAUCUGCUGCACCCUAAUUACACACCAAACAGUCCUGUCAUUAAGGAGCGGCGACUUCUGACUCCCGCGCACAGCCCCUCGCUUUUGUCAGUGUGCAUUUAUUAGUGUCAGUGUCGCAGUUACAGAAAGAGACGGUGCAGUCGUGCGUGUUCACAUUAUCUAGACAGGUCGUCCACACAUGAGUCCAAUAGGUUGAUCACGAGUUGCUUAUUUUUAUAUUUUUCAGCCUUUUACUUCCAGUGCAAUAUACAGUAUUACAGAUGUGGGUUUUUGUCUAACUGGCAUUUGUAUUGCUCAUACUCCCUCAUUGUUUCUAUUUCAUGUUUGUUAUGUAUGCGUGUUUCUUUUAAAUAAAGUUGCCUGAUAUUGUUUUGAAUUUAAAAAAAA